UUUGUAACUAUAAAUACUCGAUGGUGCUCUGAGAUGGGCAUCAGUUUAUCGGUCUCGUUCGUUUGGUGUAUCUCGUGCCUUUGUGACCCUAAGUGAAGAUGAAACCCUUUGCCUUUAUCGUUCUGGCUGCCUGCAGUCUGGCCCUCGUUCAGGCCCGUCCGGAUGUGAGUCAUCUGCUGAAAUCGAACCGGAACUACCUUCCACCACUGCCGCAGAAGGAGAUCUCGGCCAGCCAGAGCUACCAGCAGAUCGCCCAGCCCCAGCCCCAGUACCAAAAUCAGGUCCAGGCACAGACCCAGUCCCAGUCCCAAUCAUUCCCCCAGGUGGAGUCCAUUCAGGCAUCCAUCCCAUUGGCUAGCUUCUCUAUCCAGUCUGGCGGACAAUACCAGUCUACCGCUCCAGCUCCAGCUCCAGUUCAAGUCUCGAUCCCAGCCCCUGCUCCAGCUCAGAUCUCGAUUCCCGCUCUGGCUCCCGUUCAAGUGCAGGCCUCUGCCCCAGCUCCCCAAGUGAUCUAUGAGGCACCCAAGCCGAUUGCUGCCACCCAAACCACGGUGCACAACGCCUAUCUGCCCCCAGCGGCACCUGUCCAGCAGUUCGUGCCCGCUCCCGAGCCAGUUGUGCAAACGACGGUGCAGCAAAUCGCUGCUCCCGCUCCGGUGGUUCAACAGUCUUACUCCGCUCCCGCUCCAGUGAUUCAACAGACCUACACUGCUCCUGCCCCAGUGGUUCAGGAACAGACGUACAGCGCACCAGCCCCCGUGGUUCAACAAACCUACUCUGCUCCCGCACCUGUGGUUCAAGAACAGACCUCUUCAUAUCCCGCUCCCGCUCCUAUUGUGCAACAGACCUAUACUGCCCCAGCUCCAGUUGUCCAACAGACCUAUACAGCUCCUGCCCCGGUGGUUCAGGAGCAGACAUACACCGCUCCAGCACCAGUUGUACAACAGACUUACUCUGCUCCAGCACCAGUCGUUCAACAGACCUACUCUGCUCCUGCUCCUGUGGUCCAGGAACAAACAUACGAGGCUCCAGCCCCAGUAGUUCAGCAGACCUACUCUGCUCCUGCUCCUGUGGUCCAAGAACAGACGUACAGCGCACCCGCUCCCGUGGUCCAACAGACAUACACUGCUCCCGCUCCUAUAGUGCAGCAGACCUACUCUGCUCCUGCACCUGUGGUGCAGCAGACCUACUCUGCUCCUGCUCCUGUGGUCCAGGAACAACAGUACACUGCUCCUGCUCCUGCUCCCGUUGUUCAGCAAACUUAUACUGCACCGAUCUCGAUUUCUGAACCAGUUCAGCAGACCGUUAGCAUCAGUGCUCCAGCCCAGCCUCAGCAGCAAUACAGUGGCUACAGCUACCAGGCUCCAAUCCAGCAGAAAACCACUACUUACUCGGCUCCAGCUCCGGUUCAGUUCCAGCAAUCGUUUGUGCCCGCACCUCCAGUACCAGCACCAGCACCCAUCCAGAUUCAGGCCCAGCCCCAGCCCCAGCCAAUCGUUCAGUAUACGCCACAGGUGCCGACGUACAACAGCUACACUCCAUCCGCACCAUCACCCAUCGUCCAACAGACGGCAUCUGUGGUGACGACCUCCACGGCCACGAAUGAGAUCGGCACCGACUACGCUGCCAAUGGCGGCUACGUCUACGAGAAGCAUUGAGAUGCUUGUGAAAGGACCCCAGCAGAUGUCCGAACUCGCAUCGAGUUGUGGAUCGUUAGGCGAACGUUAAUUGCUGAUCGUUUCAUCAGAACUUAUUGUUACUUAGUCAAUUUCUAGCACCAAUUAGUUUUAUUAUAUAGAAUUUAUACAAUUCUUUUUUUUACAACCUGUUUUCCAAU